AUGGCGGCGGCGGCGGAGGAGGCGGAGGCGGCCGAGGCGCUGGGGCUCUUCACCGGCAUCGGCCUCAGCGAGGCCAAGGCCCGCGAGACGCUGCGCAACGCGGCGCUGAGCGCGCUGCUGCGCCAGGCCGUGCUGCAGGCGCAGCGCGCGCAGGGCCCGGCGCUGGACAAGGCUACGGGCACGCUGCUCUACAGCGCGGCCUCGCGCCUCAAGGCCCCGCAGCACCUGGGCUUCCUCGACUACCUGAAGAGCCACCCGCUGGAGCCGCUGGACGCGGCCGCCUUCGAGCAGGCGUGCGGCGUGGGCGUGAGCGUGAGCCCCGAGCAGAUCGAGGAGGCCGUGGAGGCCGUGGUCAGCCGGCACCGAGCGGAGCUGCUGGCCGAGCGCUACCGCUUCAACAUGGGGCUGCUGAUGGGGGAGGCGCGGAGCCGGCUCCGCUGGGCAGACGGCAAGACCAUCAAGAACGAAGUGGACCUGCAGGUGCUGCAUUUGCUGGGCCCCAAGACAGAAGCUGAUUUGGAAAAGAAACCAAAGACCACGAAGGCCCGUCCGGCCCCGUCGGAGAAGCAGAAGGCGGCCGUGGUGGAGAACGGCGAGGUGGGCACGGAGACACUGUCACUGCUGGAGCAGCUCCGGGGAGAAGCCCUCAAGUUCCACAAGCCGGGAGAGAACUACAAGACGGAGGGCUACGUGGUGACACCCAACACCAUGGCUCUUCUGAAGCAGCACCUGGCAGUCACAGGUGGUCAGGUGCGGACGCGGUUCCCACCCGAGCCCAACGGGAUCCUGCACAUCGGCCACGCCAAGGCCAUCAACUUCAACUUCGGCUAUGCCAAGGCCAAUGGUGGCGUGUGCUUCCUGCGCUACGACGACACCAACCCCGAGAAGGAGGAGGAGAAGUACUUCACAGCCAUCCGGGACAUGGUGGAGUGGCUGGGCUACCAGCCCUACGCAGUGACCCACGCCUCGGAUUACUUUGACCAGCUCUACACCUGGGCCCUGGAGCUCAUCCGCAGGGGCCAUGCCUACGUCUGCCAUCAGAAGGUGGAGGAGAUCAAGGGCCACAACCCAGCGCCCUCGCCGUGGCGGGACCGGCCCGCGGAGGAGUCGCUUCUGCUCUUCGAGGACAUGCGGAAGGGCAAGUUCGGGGAGGGGGAGGCCACGCUGCGGAUGAAGCUGGUGAUGGAGGAUGGCAAGAUGGACCCCGUCGCCUACCGUGUCAAAUUCACUCCGCACCACCGCACCGGGGACAAGUGGUGCAUCUACCCCACGUACGACUACACGCACUGCCUGUGCGACUCCAUCGAGCACAUCACGCACUCCCUCUGCACCAAGGAGUUCCAGGCCAGACGAUCCUCCUACUUCUGGCUUUGCAACGCGCUGGAUGUCUACUGCCCCGUGCAGUGGGAGUACGGGCGCCUGAACCUCCUCUACACUGUUGUCUCCAAGAGGAAGAUCAUCCGGCUGGUGGAGACGGGCGCUGUCAGGGAUUGGGACGACCCGCGGCUCUUCACGCUGACGGCUCUGCGCCGGCGAGGCUUCCCCGCCGAGGCCAUCAACAACUUCUGUGCCCGGGUCGGGGUGACGGUGGCCCAGGCGACGAUGGAGCCACACCUGCUGGAGGCCUGCGUGCGGGAGGUGCUGAACGAGAAGGCGCCCCGCGCCAUGGCCGUGCUGGAGCCGCUCAAGGUCACCAUCACCAACUUCCCUGCUCCGCAGGCCCUCGACGUCCUCGUGCCCAACUUCCCAGCUGAUGAGACCAGAGGCUUCCACAAAGUGCCCUUCCAGCCCACCAUCUACAUCGAGGAGACGGACUUCAGGGAGGACAUAGACAAGGGCUACAAGCGCCUGGCCCCCGGGCAGCCGGUGGGGCUGCGACACACUGGCUAUGUCAUUGCUGUCCAGAAUGUCAUCAAGGACGCCGGCGGGCGCGUCAUGGAGCUGGAGGUGACCUGCACCAAGUCGGACGCGGCAGACAAGCCCAAAGCCUUCAUCCACUGGGUGUCAGAGCCGCUGGCGUGUGAAGUGCGGCUCUACGAGCGCCUGUUCUUGCACAAAAAUCCCGAGGACCCCGCAGAGGUCCCAGGUGGAUUUCUGAGUGACCUCAAUCCUGACUCGCUGCGCGUGAUCGACACUGCCCUGGUCGACAGAUCCGUGUUGUCCGCGCAGCCCUUCAGCAAGUUCCAGUUUGAGCGGCUGGGCUACUUCUCCGUGGAUCCGGACAGCAGCGCGAGGAAGCUCGUGUUCAACCGGACGGUGACGCUGAAGGAGGACCCGGGGAAGGACUGAGGAAGCCGCCGCU